AUGGGCUCCACGCAUCAAGCGGAGCCGGAAACUUUUCAGUGUCCGCUUGGUGACAUUGACUUCAAACCGGCGGCGUGCCUACAGUGUAGCCAACGAAAAACGAAAUGUGACCGAGUAAACCCUUGCACAGCCUGCAUAAGAUCCAACCUUAGCUGCAGUAUACCCGGCCCACGAGCUCCGCGCAAGGCCCGACGCAGGAAUCAUCAUGAUAUUCAUGAUAGGCUCAUCAGGCUUGAAAACCUUCUGCUUGGGCUUCAAAAGAAUCCCACACAGAAUAAGGAUGAAACCAACGUGGACCGCGUCAAGUGCAUGAUGUAUGAAGGGCGUACGCCGGAGUUUGGUACCAGUAAACUGUGGCACAUUGCCCUUGAAAACGUUCAGUACUCUUCCAUUCGUAUCAGAUCGAUACCAAAGACGUCGGAUAUGCUCAAUAUCCCAAACCCGAAUCAGAUUCGUCUUUUAGGAGAGAUAUAUCUACAGAGAGUUCAACCCGUCAUGAGCUUGCUACACAUCCCGUCAUUCACUGACUUGGUCACUUGGGCUGCCUCGUGUCUUAUUGACAUGCCUCCAAUGACCAGAGCUCUGAUGUGGUCUUGCUUUAGCAUGGCCAUAGCGACUUUGGACAAAGGAGAUUGCGAAGACUUGUUGAACCUAGACAAGAACGAAGCAACGCAGUUAUUCUGUAAUCGGUGCAAAAUGUCUUUGCUUGAAGCAGACUAUCUCGUGAAAUUUGAUCUCGAUACAAUGUCUUCUCAAACUCUUCACAAUGAAAGUGAAGAUUGGAUCUUCAACGGCGUCUUAAUGAGAAUGGCCUAUAAGCUAGGCCUUCAUAGAGAUGGCACGGAGUUCAACCUCAGCCCCUUCGAAACUGAAAUGCGCCGUAGGGCUUGGUGGCAGUUGACGCUGUUGGAGAUCGGUAGGUCAGCUUUGAGCGGCUUGGUAGAGCCAGAUUUACCUCCAGACCGGACUACAAGGUUACCUCACAACGUCAAUGAUCGCAAACUUUUUCCUGGCAUGACGGAAGAAGUAGUUUCCAUCGAUGGACCUGCCGAUACAACCUACAGUGUCAUGACAUAUGAAGCAAACAAAAUUCUACUUGACUGUUGUGGACUCUCGCAUAUUGAAGACGUUUUUGUUAAUCAGUCGGAUUCACAUCGCAAAGGGAGAAACUUGCCCAUAUCAGCAGCGGCUUGCGAGCUUUUUAUUACGAAACUCAACAUGCGACUUGGUCUUUUGGAAAGGCUCUACUGUGACGUAUCUGCUGGGCCCAUAUACGAGGCAGCCAUGCGCAUUAGAACCGGCAUAACCAAAAUCUUCAGCAGCCUUACUCAUACUAUAAACAUUACUUCUGAGCCGCGCAAAAACUUUUACGAAAAUCAUAUAGACCUUGCAGAAUACGUUCAAGACUCUAUCGAGGCAAUGCAUCCAUGGUUUCGUUGGACAGUUUGGCUAAACUUCCGACUUCGAGAGGUUUAUUACUCCAUUGGUGUACUGGAACAAGACUCUAACGAUGAGAUCCUACAACGGACAUGGUAUUUGCUGGCUAGGUACUAUGAAUAUCAUGAGUCAUUAUGGAAUCUUGAGGAUGAAGCUGUUAGAACAGUCGCCUAUAUUGUUCUUCGUGCUUGGGAGAAGAGAACGUUACAAUUGAUCUCUGGCUUGGGGCAGAGGGAGCCGAUAGCGCCAGCGUUUGUGCAAAACUUACAACAGAUGCUGUUGGGAGCAGAACUUGGUAACUUGAUGUUGGAGGAUGUGUUAAAAUGA